AUGCGGCCCCGAUGGGCUGCGCCACACCGCGUGUCGGCUGUCUGCAGCCCCGGACGUUGGCUGCACGCAGGAGUAGACACCAAAAAGGAGGAAACCACUGGUGUCAGGAAGGUUGCCGGUGCGUCAGACGGCACAACAGCAACAGCGGCAGGACUGCGCCCAUGGGUGUGGCUGCGUCUACACCCCGUGGAGAAGUGGACAACGCUCGUCGAUCUCGGGAGGCGCGCCCCAGCAUUGCUCGAGAGGUCCUCCUUUGCUGCACAAGGCGAUGGGGACGAAGAGGAAAAGACUGCGAACAUCGUCACCCGUUUGCUUCGUCAGCGCGAACGCGGCAUAAAUGUUGCGGCGCUGCAGGGGCGUCUAUCGCCUUUGGCGCAGAGACGUCAUUAUCUGUUAGUUCACAAGCUCCCGUAUUGUGUGCGUCUUCGGCUUUGUUUGUCCUUCUUGAUGUGGGUGCGUUCCCUACGCGAUGUGCAGGACACAUUGGCGCGCCUUAGGCUUCCCUAUGCCACUACGCGUCGUGUGCAGCGCAGCGUGGUGGCUGACGUGUUCCCUACGCGCAUGAUGGAGCGUUUUGUCGACCCCUUCACGACGGUUGCCGUGAAAAUGGAUGCUAACAUCAAUGCCGCCGCCGAGCAGGUGCCGGCGCCGCAUGCAUGGCACCCUGAACAAGACGAACGGGCGGAGGAGGAAGAGGAGGAAAAAAGGAAGAAGCGACGGACGCGCAGGGGUGCAACACACGGUGGGAGGCUAUCCGGCAGAUGCAGCAGGGGAUCUCGCGGCGAAGGUGCAGGCUCUCGUCGUCUUGGGGGGAAUCGAAAGCUAUUGCUUGCUGUUCAAGGCAUGCAGGGCAGGGCAAGCGACGACGACCGCUUGUUCGGACGAACGGCGCGGAGCAGCUGCCGCUCAUUACAACAAUCCCCUUUUGCGUCUUGGGCCCGUCGAAAAGCGCUCUCCCCCGUGUCAUCCUCCUCGUCGUCGGUGAACGAUGCAUGCCGCUCGGCGCUUCCCUCCCCGCUCGCCGUCGACCACGAGGAGGACGAACGAUACCACCACAACUUUAUCCGGGGUGAGGGCUGCCCCAUUGACGAGAAUGGUCGAUUGGCAAGUGUGCCAAUUCAUAUUUUGGUUCCACUUGCCACAAAUUUAUUGACGCUGGAACGCUGCUGUGCCAUGGCGCAUGCGGCAGUGUUGUCCUCAUUGUUUGUGGAGGGCCGCACAGUGUGCUUGACUACAAAUAACUCUUUGCUUAGGGAGUAUGUGAUGUUCCUCUUUGAGGAGCUGAUCGAGGAUGGCUGGGUGUCCGUGUCGUUGUGCGAGGAACCUCGGCGUCCCUACAUACCUGGGUGGGUCACCAAGGAAACUGUCUUGGUGGUGCUGCCGCCCAGGGACGAGAAGUCGUUGUCUCACCGGGAGCUGCGCCACAUGGCAAGUAUGAUUCUCCAGUACGCCCCGUGUAGUGUUCUCGUUGAAGCAGCCCCUUGUGACCAGGUCUCGCACUACACCAGAGCUCUGAGGGAAACGGUCUCGAAAGAGCAGGCGUCCGUGGUCACUCCAGAAACGGAGGCUCAGUGGCGUGUGUCGUGGGUUCCUGUCUCACCAUCCACGACCUUUGGGGGUAUCAAAGAAAAUGUGAAGGAUGCCACUGUCGAGUUCCAGGCAGCUGUAAAUGAGAUUUUGCGUCAAUUUUAUGCCGUAACUUUUAUUUACACGCCUUAUAACUGCUCUCUGUCCCCUCGGCAGGUGCAGGAUUGGUGGUGGCAUAAGCUUCCGAGCAGUAUUCACAUCGUUGCUGUGAAUAGCCAUGCGCUGGACCUCUUGUAUUAUUUUCCACAAGCUCCAUUUUUGCGGAAGAAAGUUGGUAACGCGUUUCGAUAUCGUGCCGUGCAGCGCGUGCUGCUUGGCAAGAACCUUUAUGGUGGGCGAGAGGACCCUGUGCGCCAGUGGGUGCAUCGAUGGCUCGGCUGGCGUGGACUUGCUAGGACCGGCCUGUACGCUCCGAUGGCGGUGAAGGACAAGGCAAGGGUGCUUUUGGCCGACCAAGCGAGCCCCCGAGCUGACGGUAAUGAUGCUGACGAUGAGGCGGUGGACGCGUUGGUUUGGGAGCGGACUGUGGACUACCUGGCGAACCCAAGUAGGCUUCACUGGAUUGCGCUGAUGGCGGCGAAGCUGUUUCGUGUUUAG